AUGGCAGCACACGUUUUUCACGCCCAGGGAGUACGAGAGACCGGCGCCGGGGAACAGCCCGGGGCGAUAUGGAGUAGGGAUUCCGAUUCCUACCUCCAGCUCCUGGCGUCACCCCUGGUGUCGCGAUCUCCAUCCCCGGGAAGUGUGGAGGACCCGGAGGAAAUUCCGGACGUCGAACUCGAGGACGACCAACCGAGCAAGGAAGACGAUGACGGAGGUGAGACGGUCACGCCGGAGGUGUCAUCAGACGAGGAUGAGACCGCGCGGAUGGCUUACCGGAGCGUCCGACGGGCUACGCAGGGCCAGGGACGGAUAAGCCUCGGAGUCGCGCCGCCGACCGAGGAUCCGGUGGACAUGCUGACACCGCCGCGGCCGACGCCGGCGCAGGCGCCGCUGCUGAAGCCACCACGGCCGACGCGCAUGCCGUCAACACCACCGCCGCAACCUCGCACGCCGACACCACCACCCUAG